GCAUUUCCCGUGAGUCACCGCGAAGUUUCUGGUUGUACCUUAAGCAAUUUCCCCCAUUCUCGAGCACUGACCCCAGUGUCAACCCUAGCCCUAGUCCUUGAUGCUCACAAAUCGACUUCAAAGAGUAACCCGAUCAUGGCGGACCUGCCGUCGGAGAUUCUUAUCGCCGUCCUCUGCCGGCUGCCAGUCCGGUCGCUUCUUCGGUUCCGGUCCGUGUCCAAGCCAUUCCGCUCUCUGAUCGACAGCACGGGUUUCAUUGAUCUCCACCUCAAGAACUCCAUAGAGACAGGCUCUAACCUCAGCCUCAUGCUCCGGAGGGACUCCGAGAUCUAUCUUAUCAACCUUGACGCCCUAAGCGAUGCCGUCUUGCUCGCUCACCCUCUGAUGUGCUACAGCAAUCGGAUCUUAAUCCUGGGCUCCACCAACGGCUUGAUCUGCAUCUCUAACGUGGCCGAGGACAUCGCUCUGUGGAACCCAUCGAUCAGAAGGCACAAAGUCUUGCCCUUUUUGCCCAUUGAGCGAAUCGGGUCGAGCUUGCUGGGCACGCGGGUAUUCGGGUUCGGGUACGACCCGGUGAGCGAGGACUACAAGCUAGUGAGGAUUUCGCAGUUCAUCAAUUUGGAUAACGAAGGGUUUGUGUCCAAAGUUAAGGUUUAUAGUCUUAGAGCGAACGAGUGGAGAGACUCUGAGGAUAUGCCUUAUGUUCUGUGUUAUGCGAGGAAGAAUGGGACCUUCGCGAGUGGUGCUUUGCAUUGGGUGGUGAACCGGAAGUUCAACGUCGAAGAGGCUGAUCUGAUUGUCGCUUUUGAUCUGACGGUUGAGAGAUUUAGGGAGGUCCCAUUGCCCGAGUGUGAGGAGAAGAGAUUUCACAUUGAAGUGGGGGUCUUGGGUCGGUGCGUGUGUAUGAUAGCGACUUACCCGGAUGUUCGUAUCGAUGUUUGGGUGAUGAGGGAGUAUGGGGUCAAGGAGUCUUGGGCUAAGCUCUUUUCGGUUGCAAAAGCUGACGUUGUUGGGUCGUACAAGUAUUUGAGGCCCUUGGCUUAUUCCAAGACUGGUAGGGAGGUUCUGGUGGAGCUUGACAAUCAGAGGCUUGUGUGGUACGAUUUGAGGGGGAAAAGGGUCGAGAAUGUGAGUGUGGGCGGUUUGCCGGAUUCGUUUGAGGCCGAAAUUUUUGUCGGAAGUCUUGUCCCGACCGCGGCGAGUAGAAGAGAUCAUGGGAAGAAGCAGAGUUUAGAAGAGGAGAAAAAUAAGAAAAAUAGGGAUGAUUUCCUGUCAGAGGGCUUCAAAUUGGUGCUAUAAGCAAACAGCAGGAUGAACGGAAGCGUGGAGAAGAUGUACUUUUGUGAAUUUGGUUUGCGUUUACUUUUAAAGCUUACUAGAGUGGCUUCUUUUGGUCUAAAAUAAGGUUGCAAUGCUCAAUUUGAGUGUAUUUAGGGCAGGAUUUGGUGAAUCAAAUUAUUGUCUUCAUCUUUCAGGAAGUGUGCCAUCUCGAACUAAGGGCACCUUCUUCUUCACACUUACAUUUCAGAAUGAGGUUCAGAGGGUAUUUAGUUCCUUCGGGAGGUUGCUCCUCUCUGGAGCCAAUAUUUCUUAGACCCGCUUAAUCAACCACCCUUCCCUUCCCUUCUUUUCAAAAAAAGAAAAAAAGAAAAAAGAAAAAGGGGUGCCCCUUCUGUUUCUUUUAACUUUACUGUCACAUAAGCAACAUAUCUUUGCUCCUUUAUUCUUCAGAGGGUGAAAAGUGAAGGGAGAGAGCCAUGCUUGAUCAGCUGAGAAUGCUUGAAGAUGGGAGGAAACAAUAAUCCCAACGAUGUGUACCAAAUGCCUUUACUAGAAUGAGUAUACUAUUUCAGGUUUUUUCCUGAUUAAUGCCAUAUAUUGUCCACUUGUGUAAGGUGUUGUGUACUUGUAGUUACUGUGGUUUUGAAGCAUGUAUAUACAAAAAUGUUUGUAUACCUCUCUAAAUCCACAAGGUUGUAUGACA